GUGGGGGGGUGGGGGGUGGAGGAGCCGGUGUGGAUCGAGCCGAGCCCGAGGCCUCUGAGCUCAGCCAGCGAGAGGACAGGGAAAACUGGCGGCUCGGAUGGAUUCCCAGGUCGAAGCGGACGGCGGCCCCGAGAUGCUCCCGGGCUUCAUCUGUGCCUCGUUUAACCAGGACACCACUUCCCUGUCGGUGGGCACCAAGACCGGCUACCGUCUCUUCUCAGUCACCGCUGUGGACAAACUGGACUGUAUCCAUGAGGGAGUGGAGUGUCCCGAUGUGUGCAUCGUGGAGCGGCUGUUCUCCAGCAGCCUGGUGGUGGUGGUCAGCCAAUCCGUGCCACGGCGGAUGAACGUCUAUCACUUUAAGAAAGGUACCGAGAUCUGCAACUACAGCUACACCAACAACAUCCUCUCCGUCAGGCUCAACAGACAGCGACUGGUGGUGUGCCUGGAGGAGUCCAUUUACAUCCACAAUAUCAAAGACAUGAAACUCCUCAAGACCCUGCUCAACACCCCCACCAACCCUUCAGGUCUUUGCGCUCUGUCUGUCAACCACGGUAACUCUUUCCUGGCAUACCCUGGCAGCGCCACUAUUGGAGAGAUCACAGUGUACGAUGCAAACAACUUGAGCACCGUGACGCUGAUCCAGGCCCACGCCAGUCCCCUGGCCGCGCUCACCUUCAACGCCUCCGGCACUAAACUCGCCAGCGCUUCAGAGAAGGUAAAUCCUUCUCUUCAGCUUCUUCCUUCACAUCCAGCAGUGCGUCCCACCAAUGUCUGUCUUCCUCCACAGGGCACCGUUAUCAGGGUGUUCGGCAUUCCCGAAGGACUGAGGCUGUUUGAGUUCCGGCGAGGGAUGAAAAGAUAUGUUAGUAUUAGUUCACUGUCCUUCAGUGCCGAUGCCCAGUUCCUAUGUGCAUCCAGCAACACUGAGACAGUACAUAUCUUCAAGCUGGAGCAGCACAGUCCCAGUCAAGAGGAGGCAUCUCCCACAUGGUCUGCAUACGUGGGCAAAAUGUUCACAGCGGCCAGCACUUACUUGCCAGCUCAGGUGUCCGACAUGAUGCAUCAGGACCGAGCCUUCGCCACCGUGCGACUCAACAUGUUCGGCCUGAAGAACAUCUGCGCGCUGGCUACGAUUCAGAAGCUGCCUCGCCUGCUGGUGGCGUCCUCGGAUGGGUAUCUUUACAUCUAUAAUGUGGAUCCACAGGAUGGAGGCGAGUGCAUGCUGGUCCAAAAACACAGGUUGUUUGAUGGCAACGAGGAGCAGGUGGAAGAGAAGGACGAGGAGACACCAGCGGAGGUCUCCAACCAACCGGCCGCCCAAUCAUACGCAGCCACCGUGGCUCUCACCUCCAGCCCGCCCUCCUCUACCACACUCUUGGGAUACUCAGAGGACGGAGGAGCCCAGAAGGGGGAUGUCAUCCCAGAGCACGAGUUCGCCGAGGGCCCCGUGUGUCUGGAUGACGAAAACGAAUUUCCUCCAGUCAGUAACUAGAUUAACUCUCAAAUCCCCCCCCCCCGCAUCCUCGAUCCCUCCCUGUUUGACACGGACAGAAUGGAAAAAAGUAUGAAAGCCAGCCACCUCCUCCUUCCGCACAUACCCCUGCAGGUCGAGGGUCUAAUCCUACCAAGAAGUUACAUCCUGGUGUUUCUGGAUUCUAUGUAGUCCUACACAUUAACAAGGAGUGGACAUUUUACUCAGUGGGAACAUCUCACAUUCUUUUGCUUCGAUGCAUUCAAAGUCUACCUUAUUACACUGCAAAAUACAAUGUUAGAAUUUGUGAGUGACAUUGCUUCAUGAUCACAUGAGCGAAAGGCAGCCCAUCUGCAUUUGUUGAUAGCGGGGGUUGCUUUUCAGCUUGGUACAUUACCAUAUGUUGUAAACUUAACCUGCUUCCUAGUGGGUAACGUUAGAGAUAAGCGAUCAAAACAUACGAGAAGCACUGAUUCUGACUAGGUCAACAUUCCCAAAAGUGAACCUUGUAUGUUGCUCUGCUCAUGCUUUUGUACGAGACUCAGGACCACACUGAAAAGAGGAAAGAAAUAGUAGUAGUAGUAGUGGAAUUACACGAAUAAAGCCUGUAAGUAUAGGUAUAAAGUCAUAGUCAUAGAAAAAUAACCAUGUCAUUUUAAGAGAAUUUGUCAUUUUAUGAGAAUAAAGUAUUCAUUUACAAGAAAUAAAAUAAGAAUGUUAAGUGAAAAAAGUGUCAAAAUUUAAAGAGAAUGAGCCAUGUUGUUAUUUUAAGCAAAUAACAUACCUUUAAAAUUAAAAUCUGUUAUUUUUAAAGAAUUAAGUUGGGAUUCCAUGAGAGUAAAAUUGUGACUUGAUGAGAAAAAAUAUUUUGUUUUUUACGAGAGUAAAGUCGUAAUAUUAAGACAGUCGUCAUUUAAAAAGAAUGUUGUAAUUUUAUGAGAAUACAUUCAGAUGAAAGUCUUCAUUUUAAGAAGACUUAAAGUCAUGAUUUUAACAGAGUAAAAUUGACACAGUAUGAGAAUAAAGUGUACAUUUUACGAGAACAAAAUCUAAAUUUGAAGAGCAUGAGUGAUGUUUUUAAAUUCAAACGUAUAAUGUAACUUUUAAGAUACAUUUAGAAAAAAGUUGUACAUUCACAAGAAAUUGUCAUUUUAAGAGGCAAGUUUGUCGAGAUUUUAUGAGGAUAAGAAAAUAUUUAAAUAAAGUUGUAAUUUUACAAGAAUAACAAAAAAUUAGGAGAUUUAAUUUAAUAAUAGUAGUAAUAAUUUAAUUAAGAGACAAUGAGAAGAAACUAGAAAUUUUACGAGAAUAUUUGUUUCCCUUUUCAGUGUGGCCAUAUUAAUCAUUUGUACUUAUAUUUUGUCAUGGCCACAAAAUAAGUACUGAUUAUAUACUAAACACAGUCAUUUUACACAAGUACUCUUUUUUUUUUUUUAACCAUUUGAACAAUUCUGAGGUAAGACCAUAAUCUCAUACAAUAGGCAUGCAUGCUGUAAAGUGCAUACAACCUCAGCCAAUGAUUAUUAGCAGACCCAAAUUACAACCAAUAGCACAAAUGUCGGUGGGGGGAAAAGGUAGCUUUUCUGUGCGGUAAUCCUGCUGAAAACAAACCAAAGCAAGUGUGUGAAAACCUCCUCAGUGGCGGGUGUUAUGUCUAAUCUUAAAAUGUCUUUGUUUUUUGGGGGGUUUUUUUCUUCUUUUUUUUCUACGCAAAAGGCUUCUUGCAAAGAGUGUAUUGUUCCCAUUUCAGUGUGCAAGAUUCUGGAUGCUUGAAAUGUGCGACUUAUUUUUGUUUUAGCAGUUCCAACGUAAGGGCAUUUCCUUUUUUUUGAAUUAACAAAGCCUCGCAGUUUUACCGGGAGUUGCCAUCACCUCCAAAUAAGAGUAUUCCACAUGAGAGCAUUUAAAUAAUGCACUUUGAAGUAUUAUGAGACUUGAGGACACAGCUGUGAUACUAAUUCUGGUAGCAGUAGACCGAAAAAGAGACUUACAUAUUCACCAAUGUAAAAUGAGAAUAUAUGUGUGAAGGAGCAAAUGUUUAAAUGUGAAUCGCUUGAUGGUACACGCCGUAGCGACACGUCCUUGAAUUUCGGUGAUAUCUCGAGGCUAUUUUCCACAUGAUGCUGAAUAAGUUGAUAUAGGUUUUUUUUUUUACUAUGGGAAGUUUUACACUUUAACGUAAACUGACCAUGUGUAACUAUAUUUUGAAGAUUAUUUUUUUUUUACUGUGUAUAAUCUGUAUAUAAUGCAUAUACUACUCACAAAAAGUUCAGAAUAUUGGCUUAUCGACCUAAAAUGCACUACAGCCUGUACAGGUGAACUUAAUUUAACUUUUGGAUGCACAUGUCCACAGCACAUUUUCACUGUUUCAGAGCUUUUUGCACAACUUCUCUAACAAGGAACUGAAUGGCAAAUUCCAAUGGCAAUAGGGGUUUGAUCCAUGAAAAUUUCUAAGGAUGUGCACUUCCAUGCCUUUCUGUGACUCUUCCAGUCUCUCUGCAUCCCUAUCGCAACCUGCUGAUUGAAACUGAUCAAUUGUUACGUGUCUUCUCGGUCACAUGAUGUAAAUAAUGCGAAAAGUAUGAUGAAGAGGACUUUAAAUACAAAUUCAAAUUUAACUAGGAAGUGUAUUGGUUGAUUCAUGGUUGUGAAUUUUGCCGUAAAGCUCCUUGUUAGAGUACGGCAAGUUGUGCAAAAAAGUACAGAAACAAUGAACAGUUUGACAUGUGCGUCCGAAAGUUUAGAGAAGGUCAAAUUAAGUUCACCUAUAAAGGAUCUGCGACAUUUUAGGUUAAUCCAGAAACCACGCAAAAGCCCAGAUAUCCCGAACUUUUUGGUGAGUAGCGUAUAUAGGUAAUACAUUUAAUUUUGCCAAAAGGUGGCGCUGUUUGGACACCUUACACUACAUUGAGCUCUUGCAUACUGACAAUGAAGAAUCAAUAAAGCUGAUUCAGAAUCAA